AUGGAGCAUUGGUGCAACUGCUACAACUGCACGAUGAGGAGGGUGUCCAUGCACAACUUGCAGAAUCCCGACCUGGAGUUGCCACUCCCGGAGACGCCUCCAGGUACUCCACCGCGAUACCCGUGGCACCGUCCAGAGUCGCCACCACCGUUUGUGGAGCUGGGGUCUCCGAGAACCCCACCAAGAGAUCCUUGGUAUCGUCCGGCGACACCAACUCCAGAGGGUCAAGCGCAACCACAGGCACCGACUCCAGAGGGCCAGGCGCGACCGGUUGCCGUCGUGAGGCCUUGGCAGCGCCCGCUGUGGGGUCCUCCAAGGUCGCCAACCCCAGAGGCUAGGGUGGAAAUGUCGGAAGCCAGGGUGGAGACACCAAGGUCCAGGGUGGAAGCUCCAGAGGCCAGGGUGGUGACUUCAAGGGCGCCGACUCCACCACCUCCCAGCCCUAGGCAGUUAAAGAUGAAGCGGAAGGCCACAACCACCGAUGGACCACGUAAGCAUCCGAACUACAAGACCAUCCUCGAUGAGUGUGACGUCACGAUUCCACUCAUCAAGGAAGCUUUGGAGCUGGUGUCACUCCUCGGAGACGUCGACUCAAGAUGA